CUGUGCAAGCUGAUUGAACAUUACGAAAUUGCGAAAUUUAAGAUCAUCUUUCGUUUUCAACUAUGAAGUCGAUACUUCUGCUUAUAUUAGUUUCUUCGUGUACUGAACAUAUUUCAAGCUUAGUUAAUUCGGGGACACCUCUUAAUUGCUUGGACACCAAAUUUGGAAAAUAUUGUGGUGGAACUUGUGUUGAGUAUAGCGAAGAAGUUAGAUGUAGUGGAUGCGUCAUAAGUGAGCAUGGAACUUUUUGCGGAGACAAUUGUAUUUGCUAUGCAUCAGGAUGCAGAUGUGGUUACCCAGAGGUGGUAUACCCUGUAACUGUGAGGCCUACCUCAAUUGAUCUACCAACUUCACAACAUUCAGAUUCACCAACUGUACCAGACUGUAUGGACACCAAAUUUGGACGAUUUUGUGGAGGUAGAUGCACCGAAUAUAGGAAUGGAGUUGUAUGCAGUGGUUGUUUCAUUAGUGACUUCGGAUCUUUUUGUGGCGAUGGUUGCGUGUGCUAUGCGUCUGGAUGCAGAUGUCGCAAUCGUGAACGUGUAGUACAAGCAACUGUGAGACCUUUUCGUAACGUUUACGGUGAACCAACCACAUUAUCCACAAUGAAUUGUUCGAAUUGAUAACGGGCAAUAAAAGACGAUCUUCCUGACUGUCAAGAAACUAUAUUGUAAAACGCGAAAUCAAUUUAAAAAAAAAACAUUGCAAUGUCAAAAUAGUAAACAAAGACGGUCGAAUUAAUAUUCGUUUUGGAGAACUAAUUAAUUCGAUUGUGAUUUAUUAUGCUGAUGAUGCGAAAAUAAAAACGCGAAA